GUUCUGCGCUAAGGUGCCGGCCCGGCGCGCCGCGACUGGUCCCAUCGCAUGGACCCCACCGUGCUGCUGGGCGCGCGGCCGCUGCGGAGCAUGGCGCGCCGGCUGGUGGAGGACGAGAACGUGCGCGGGGUGAUCUCCAUGAACGAGGAGUACGAGACCCGGUUCCUGUGCAACUCCUCGCAGGAGUGGAAGAGACCAGGAGUCGAGCAGCUGCGGCUCAGCACAGUCGACUUGACUGGGAUCCCCACCUUGUCCAACCUCCAGAAAGGAGUCCAGUUCGCUCUCAAGUACCAGUCACUGGGCCAGUGCGUCUACGUGCAUUGUAAGGCCGGCCGUUCCAGAAGUGCCACUAUGGUGGCAGCGUAUCUGAUGCAGGUGCACAACUGGAAUCCAGAGGAGGCUGUAAGAGCCAUCACCAAGAUCCGGUCACACAUCCACAUCAGAACUGGCCAGCUGGAUGUUCUUCAAGAGUUCCAUAAAGAGAUUACUGCAGGGCAACAAAGGAUGACACGCUAAAGACAUGAAGUAUGUGGAUUAAAAAGAAAGACAACCCUGCUGAUAGAGAAUAAAAAAAUUUUACAGGACCAAAGGGUCUUAAGCCCAG